UUGUCCUGAUAUUACCAGCGACAGCAGGAAGGCAAUCAAAUAUGUAAACUACAUGGCGAAACUUUCUAUUUAACCCUACAUAUAAUCCCAAAUCUAUCGUAUAUUCACCACUACAAGCCUUAAAAAUGGCUUCGAACGAUAGCAUUCGCUAUAUUGAGCAUCCUGAACCUCCAGAAGGAGACCAAGGGAUCGGGCUUAGUACUGAAAUGGGGCCCAUUAUAACAGCUCUGAAAGAAGGGAAUAUAAUGACAAGAUAUUACAGCAAAAGAGCUCCAGAUCUCAGGAUAUUUUCUUUAAAAUUGGAGGAAUUUCAAAUUGCAUGGUCCAGGACUGGAGGUGGGAAGGACAUUAACCGUAUUGAAGGAUGCGUGAAAAUUCGUGAGAUCUCUGAGGUUCGUCGUGGUCAAGGCUCCAGAGAUUUUGAAAAAAACCCGGACCUGACUAGAAAACUUGAUCCGAACUGCUGUUUUGUUGUGUUCUACGGCAACGAGUUCAAACUCAAAACUCUAAGUUUAGUGGCUCGAAGUCAUAAAGAAAGAGAAUAUUGGGUGAAAGGGCUUGUAUUUUUGAUGUACGAAAGUUUAGUCGCUACACAACCAGUUCUAACUUACAGAUGGUUGUUAAGAGAAUGGAAUACCCUCACUGCCAACUCCACACAAAAGAAAAAAAUUGGAAUGAGAGAAAUGAAAGCAUUUUUUCAAAAAGCAAAUGUAAAAAUGAGCAAUACCAGAAUAAAAGAACUUCUCCAGAAUAUAGAUAGAAGUGCACAAAUUGAUUUUGAACAGUUUAAAAGAAUUUACCAUGAAAUCAUGUGCACCAAAGAGCUUACAUCAAAGUUUUCAAGUUAUAUAGAGAAUGGUACAUAUGUGCCACUUAAAAAGUUCCAGAAGUUUCUAUUGGAAGAGCAGCAGGAAGUGGCUGCCAGAGAUAUCAAUUCUGUACGUGAAUACAUGUUGGAAUAUCUUUCUGACAACAGUAGGAACUACACUGACCCUUAUUUUACUGUGUCAGAGUUCCUUGAUUUCCUGUUUUCGAGAGGUAACAGUGCAUUCAAUUCAGCUCACUGUUCUGUGUACCAAGACAUGAACAAACCAAUCAACUGUUAUUGGAUUGCAUCUUCACAUAAUACAUACUUGACGGGUGACCAGUUCCAGGGUGAAUCAUCUGUAGAAGCAUAUGUAAGAUGUCUUAGGAUGGGAUGCAGAUGUCUAGAAUUGGAUUGUUGGGAUGGCCCAGAUGGGCAGCCAAUCAUUACGCAUGGACACACACUUGUCUCCAAGAUCAAGUUUCUUGAUGUUGUUCGGCAGAUAAAAGAAAAUGCUUUUGUUGCGUCAGAUUUCCCCUUGAUUUUGUCACUAGAAAAUCACUGUAGUCUCAGCCAACAGAGAUUCAUGGCACAAGCCUUUAAAGACAUCUUUGGAGAAUAUCUGCUUUCACAACCGAUUGAUAAUGGCAAAGAACUGCCUUCUCCUGAUGCACUCAAAAAUAAAAUUAUUCUUAAGCAUAAAAAACUUCCAAAAGAUCCAAAUCAGGUGACCAACACAGACCAGACGUUUGAUGCUUUAUCGGAAGAUGAUCUGAGUCAUUCGUUUAAUGGUUACCUCCUCCUAGAGGAUGAAAUUGACCAUAGUUGGAAGAAGCAUUUCUUCUGUUUGACAGUGAAGAACAAGAUGUUCUGGACAGAAGAACAAACAGUAUUAGAAGAAGAUGAUGACGAUGAUGGUCUUCUGGAAGGUGUUGGUGUUGGGGAGAAAGAUGAGCUUCACUAUGGUGAAAAGUGGUUUCACGGUAAACUACCAGAUGGUCGUAAGAAAGCAGAGCAAUAUUUGAACCAGUUCAAUCGAGGUGAUGGCUCAUUUCUUGUGCGCGAAAGCACAACAUUCGUUGGAGAUUUCUCCUUAUCGUUCUGGCGGCGGGGUAAAGUUCAACACUGUCGCAUCCGAUCCAAACAAGAAAAUGGCCAGACAAAGUAUUACCUGGUUGAGCAGGUUACCUUUGAUAGUCUGUACAGCCUGGUCAAUUAUUACCAAUCACAUGCAAUGAGAAGCAACAACUUUGAGAUGAUACUUACUGAUGCUAUACCUCAGCCCAAUGCUCAUCUGGAUAAAGACUGGUAUCAUGAUAACUUGACGAGAAGCACUGCAGAGGACAUGCUGAAAAGAGUACGAAGAAAUGGUGCGUUCCUGGUCAGGAGAAGAGAAAAGGAUGAGAGAACAGGAGAGGAGUCUUACGCCAUCUCAUUCAGGGCAGAGGGAAAGAUAAAGCACUGUAAACUAAAGCGAGAAGGAAGACUUUUCACCAUUGGUACAGCUCAGUUUGAAAGUCUAGUUGAGCUGGUUGAAUUUUACAUGAAACAUCCGCUGUACAAGGGAAUGAAGCUAAAAUAUGCCAUCAAUGAACAGGUCCUUUCCGUGGUUGGUCAGAUUCCAGAAGAAGAAGCCAUAUAUGGCACUAGUGAAGUCUACCACGAGCCAAACUCUUUUGUUACCAAGCCUGCUUGCAGAGCUUUGUGGGAUUAUGAAGGUAUCAAUGAACAAGAGAUGACGUUUUGCAGAGGAGCUUUUAUUACCAAUGUGGUAAAGGAUGACAGUGGAUGGUGGACUGGUGACUAUGGGGAUCAAAAACAAAAACUUUUUCCCGCUAAUUACUGUGAAGAGAUCAUAACACCUGAAGCACCUGAGGAAGCAGUAGAUGAGUCUAAUCAAGAAAAGGACAGUAAAGUGCUUGGUGAUCUACAGAAGGGUGCUAUUGAUGUCCAAGGAUGUUCAGUAGAGAUGCCCCCUCCCCGAGGAGGACAAAGACAUCUUGUACGAAUCGUCAAACAUGGCCAAACAUUAUUAGAAGCAGCUGCAGAAACACCAGAAGAAUUAAGCGAGUGGCUGGUAAAAUUACAAGAAGCUGUUGCAUGUGCACCAGAAGAGAAAGAAAAUAUGAGAAAACAAUCAAUCAGACAGAAUAUUAGUCCAGAACUAUCAGACCUGAUAGUGUAUUGUCAACCCGUACCAUUCGAUAUAGACAAUUACUCUGGAAAACACUACGAGAUGUCAUCAUUUCCCGAGACAAAAGCUGAUAGGUAUAUCAACAAGAAGUGCAGUAAGGAAUUUGUCAGAUAUCAUCGUAAACAGAUCAGUCGUGUGUAUCCCAAGGGAAGCAGAAUCGACUCAUCUAACUAUGACCCUGUCAUGAUGUGGAAUUGCGGUGUACAACUGUGUGCCCUCAACUAUCAAACACCGGAUCGGGCGAUGCAACUAAAUCAUGGAAGAUUUCUGGAUAAUGGCCGGUGUGGCUAUGUUCUGAUGCCAGAUAACCUUCGACAAGACAACUUCUGUCCCCACGACAGGGACACUAGUGGAGUAGAACCACUAACCUUAACGCUAACGGUAUUUGGUUGUCGACAUCUUGUGAAAUCAGGCAGAGGAAUCGCUUCUCCGUUUGUUGAAGUGGAGGUGGUCGGUGCUCCUUACGACUGCGCCAAAUUCAGAACUGAAACAAAAGUUGACAACGGUUUGAACCCUGCAUGGUUCAUGACCUUUGAAGUAGAUGUUCUCAACCCUCCUCUAGCAUUCGUGCGCUUCGUCUUGUUUGAUGAGGACAUGUUUGGUGAACCGAACUUCAUCGGGCAUGCUAUCUUCCCCAUGGGUAGCCUACGGACAGGCUAUAGAUCGCUUCCCCUGAAGAACGCCUACAGCGAGGAAUAUGAGAUGUCUUCUCUAUUGGUUCACUUUGAUAUUCGAAGUGCUAAGGGUGAUGACGAGAACCUGUACGCGACCAUUCAAGGUCUACGAGACCGAGUCCAUGAAAUCUCCUACCAGAUGGCAACAGAAGAGAAGAUGGCCCGCGAGGCCAUGACCCAGAUGAGUCAGCGGUCUGGUCCAUUGUCGCUAGAAGCGCAAGAAAUCCGUAACCGGCACGUGUUACACAUGGAGACACUGGGCAGGCAGCUACAAGACAACCAAUCAAAUCUACAGAAACUCCAGAAGGAAAGGGCGGCCAGGUACAUCGAUUAAUCUGUGUCUGUCUGUCUGUCUGUGGCUAAGAUGUAAAGGUGUGUGCCCACGUUUUGCUUUAAUUGCUUUGCUAUUAUGAACUUCCUCCAUAAAUGAGUCACCCCCAUUCCGCACCACUUAAGGUCUGGGAUUGAAUAGACCACUUGGGUGUAAUGUUUUCCCAUUCAAACCACGUGUCAUUCUCUUAAGAAUAAGAUUCUUCGUUCGAGUGGUGUCCACAUUCAUGUGUCUUCUCGUGCACAACCGUUAAACAGCGAAAUAAUACUCUAGGGAAUGACACGUUGUCUGAAAUGGGAAAACACCACGCACAUGGUAAUUGUGUCUACAGACGUCUUUGGCCUGGGCGUAAUGUUUUCCCUUUUACACCACGUGUCAUUCUCUUGUUUAUUUUUGCUUUGUUUAACGGUUGCGCAAGAUAAGACACAUGAAUACGACUCAAACAAACAAUCUUAUUCUCAAGAGAAUGACAGGCGGAUAAGUUACACAUGGAGGAGUUUUAGUUAAAUUUGCACUUAAAAUUAAAAAUCUACAAGAUAAAUCA